UAUUAUUAUUAUUAUUAUUGUUAUUAUUUAUCUAAAUAAGUACAUUAAAUGAUACAAUCUGAGAUGCUGAAUCCAAAAUGGUUGAGAUGAACCCAUGAGGCAAACAGAUUUUUACGCAUGCACGUCGCUUGUAAUUUGCAGGCUCUUUUGGCACGGAUCCACAUGGACAUCUAAUCAUCUAAUUGUUCUAGCAGGUUCGCAUCCAUCCAACGCAAUGCGAGCGAUGUAAGAACAAAAUAUCACGCUGACGGCACAAGCGGUCAGGCACGUAGCUCGGCAAUAAUGCGGCUCUGCCAGCUUUGUCCUUCAACUUUUGACACCAGAAGCUACCUGGAUGAUAAAAGCUAUUAUUAUAGCCGGCCUGUGCCAGUUUCACCCCCUGUUGGAUCGUUUUUCAGGGAAUCAGUCCUGAGGAUUGGAGAAGCCUCUGAUAGCAGUAGAUCAUGCUGGACACUGAUUUGCUGAUUCACAAUGUUGACGAGGCUUUUCAGUGAUCCUUCGUUGCUUCCCGACGUGCAAAAAUACUCCGCCUGGGCGGAAGACAGCGAUGGAGAGGACCACAAAAUCAAAGACGAGGACCAGGACGCGCAGGACGACAUGGAGGCCUCUGACCUGAGGGGAGACAGUCGGACGCAAUCGGAGCACGCCGGGGACGACGACGAGGACGACGAAGUGGAAGAAGACGAGGACGGUGAGGAUACCGAGGGUGACAGGCCCAAGAAAAGGGGCCCCAAAAAGCGCAAAAUGACCCAGGCUCGGAUCGAGCGCUCCAAGAUGCGGAGGGUAAAGGCCAACGCCAGAGAGCGGACCCGGAUGCACGAUCUGAACUCUGCGCUUGACAAUCUGCGUAAAGUUGUGCCCUGCUACUCCAAAACGCAAAAAUUGUCCAAAAUCGAGACGCUGCGAUUGGCAAAAAACUAUAUCUGGGCCUUGUCGGAGAUACUGCGCUCUGGAAAGAGGCCUGAUCUUGUUGCCUACGUCCAGACGCUGUGCAAGGGUCUCUCCCAGCCCACUACCAACCUGGUGGCGGGAUGCCUGCAGCUGAACUCCCGCAACUUCCUCACUGAGCAGCAGUGUCAGGACGGGGGCAGGUAUGGCUCCGGCUCCUUCUCCAUGCACUCCUACCCGUACCAGUGCGCGCGUCUGUCCAGCCCCCACUGCCAGCCGGGCUCGAACUCGCACCCGCUGAGGACGCACGGUUAUUGCUCGACGUACGACUCUCUGUACGGUGGGAGCGGGUCACCGGAGUACAACAGCCCCGAGUACGAGGGCCCUCUCAGCCCGCCCCUGUGCAUCAACGGCAACUUUUCCCUCAAGCACCAAGGCUCUGCGUCCCCGGAGAACGAGAAGGGGUACCACUACUCUAUGCAUUACUCUGGCCUGCCUGGCUCCAGACCGGCAGGGGCCCACAAUCUGGUGUUUGGCUCCUCGGGGGCCCGGAGCGGCAUUCACUCUGAAAACGUCCUGCCUUACCACGACAUGCACUUACACCACGAGCGGGCCCCAGUCUAUGAUGAACUGAACGCGUUUUUUCACAAUUGAAAAGUGAAGCCCAUCGUGCGUCCUCUUGUUGUCAAAACCACUCACGGCACACUUUCGGACUGUAAGCCCGCCAGGAUCCAGACAGUAUCCUGGACAUAAUAUUAAUAAUAAUAAUAAAACCUCUCACUCAUUGUUUUCAUUGGUGUUUUUUUUUUCUUUGCCUGUCAACAUCCAGUCUGUUUUUGUUAUAGUCAGGGAUGUAGUGGAAGAAAACCUUACCUACAAUCUCAUUUUGCGCAAUAAAAGCUUCCUUUGAAAGUGACAUGCAUUUCGAGAGGACUUCAUACACAAACCACAUUAGAAGACAACAAACGGAUUUGAAAUCAUAUUUAUCAUGUGUGAUUUGUGUUUGUAUUGGUGAUUGUUUGCAUUUUGGUAGAAGGACGUCCUACUUCACAUUCCCCACCUCCCCUGAUUACCACUACAUCGCUGGCUAUACAGCAACACUCACCUAAAAGUGGUGGUUAUGUUAUAUAGAAACAAUAAAAAAAAUGUUAAAAAAAAAUCACCUGCAAGGGACGAAAUGAAAAAAAAAAUCUAACAG